AUGGCGUCCAUCCGGCCAAUGACGCCAAUGGACCUCCUCCACUUCAACGAGUGCAACCUCGACCCGCUCACCGAGACGUACAACGUCAGCUUCUACCUCGAAUACCUGACCAAGUGGCCGCACCUGUGCAAGGUCAUUGAGGGCCCACACGGCAAGAUCGAGGGAUACAUCAUGGGCAAGACGGAAUCCUCGCCGUACCCGGCGCCGGUCCCACCGUUCGCGCCGUCGACCAACACGGACCCCAACUACCUGCCGUGGCACGGCCACAUCACCUGCCUGACCAUCGCGCCGUCGGCGCGGCGGCUGGGCCACGCGACGCGCCUGACGCAGCUGCUCGAGCAGGCGUGCGACGCCGAGAACGCCUGGUUCGUCGACCUGUUCGUGCGCGCCGAGAACGCCGUCGCCCAGCGCCUGUACGAGGGCAUGGGCUACAGCGUCUACCGCCGCGUGGUCGGCUACUACAACGACGAUACGGACGCGUUUGAUAUGCGGAAGCCGCUGAGCAGGGAUAAGGGGAGGGAGUGCGUGAGGGAGGGCGGGAAGGAGGUCAGGGUCAGUCCGGAGGAUGUGUGGUGA